AUGGCUUCAGUAUCGAAAGCUCCUCUGGUCUGGAUAGACUGUGAGAUGACCGGCCUGGACACCAGCAAUGACACCAUCAUGUCAUUUGCCGCAUUUGUCACUGAUGCGGACCUCAAUAUUCUGGAUGACACGGGCUUUGAAGCAAUCAUUCAUCAUGACAAGGAGCAGCUUGACCGCAUGGGAGAAUGGUGCACCAGCCAUCACGGGGAUUCAGGGCUGACGCAGGCCUGCAUUGACUCUACCACCACUGCGGAGGAAGCUGCUGAGGGUCUGCUCAACUACAUCAAGAAAUACGUACCUGAGCGUCGUACAGCUCUCCUCGCAGGCAACUCUGUGCAUGCUGAUAAGGGUUUUCUCGUCAAGCAGCCCUAUCACAUUGUAGUCGACCAUCUUCACUACCGAAUCCUGGAUGUCAGCAGCAUCAAGGAAGCUGCACGCAGAUGGGCCCCAAAAGAGAUACUGGCGAAGGUUCCAAGAAAAAAGAUGCUACAUGAAGCACGUCAAGACAUCUUGGAAAGCAUAGAGGAAGCAAGGUAUUAUCGAGAGACAUUUUUCUUGAAACCUCAAAGUACGGUAGAUUCACAAAAGAACUAG